GUUUUCCUCUAGCGCGUCUCGGUUCCGGCUAAUUCGAGAAAGGAGAAUCAGAAGAAGAAACGAAGCUGUGAAUCGUCCGUCGCUUGUAAAAAUCUGUAAACAUGGCUGAUUCUCAUUUACACCCAGCGUUAACACGGCACCGCCACACUGUACCAACCAUCUCCGAUGAUUUCUACAACUAUAUGAAGCUGAUAAAGAAAACUGAGCCUGAAAUCAUGUCUAAACUUUUGCCUAUUCUACGCACAAUACCAGACUCCGGUAUCCAACUCGUUAAUACCAAGACUACAGAGUUGUUUUGCACACUAAUAGUGAGUUUCAAUUGCAGAUUCGAAGGGACGAGAGAAAGUUGGAAGAACAGUAUGCUGUUUUGCAGUAUGAUGAAGAUCAUGAAACAGUUUGGGCUGUCAUAGCAGCCAAGUUGUUCAGUGUUGUAAAACAUAGACCGAAGAGCAUCUUCACUAACUACUCAGCCCAGUAUAUACUUGACUUCGCUCCUCGCCCGGGAAAGACUCAGAGAAAACAUCAGCAUACUUGUUGCAAACCUCUUACCGUAGCGUACUUGUUGCAAACCUCCAACACGUAACCUCGAGGCUCAUGUGCCCCGGUUUCCCAUCCAUCGUCUUCCGUAUGACCGCCCUGUAACGACCUAUUGUUGGAUCCUCCACGCACUCAAAAGAUAUAUAGAAGACUGCAUUGGCCGCAUUGAGCUUAUCACUCGGCUCUUUCUCAUCAAGGGUUUCCACAACCACAUGUUGAGUAAUCAAGGGUCGGCAAUCUUCAAUCUCUCCCGGACUGAGCGGUCCAUUCCAUUUCGUGAAGAAGGCAAACUCGGUUAAGAGAGGCAGCCACCCGUUUUUCUCGUCAUGAAGCUCUGAUUGUUCAACCUAAUGGAUCCACACACCCAAUAGUAAAAAAAAACAAUGGAAACAUGAAUGGUUUUGUGCUUUAUAUGAAUUGACUACAAGACAGAAGAGUUACCACA